UUUUCUAUUCUGUUCCGUUCCAUUCCACCCUACUCCACUCCACUCUACUAAGAAUACCAAGUGGGGGGGAGUUGCUCCCUAGGCGGAUUUGGAAUUCUCACCCAAUCAGCUGAGGCUCCUCCCACCUUAAGGCUGCUCGGGAUCUUCUCCAAUCCGCGGAGCCAAAUCCACCGGCGGGCUUUGCAAAACUGGGGACCCGGGCGGAGGCACGUGGCGGGAGUCUUCGCUAGCCGUUCCGUCCCGCAGGAAAGACACGGGGUGGCUGGCAGCCCGGGGAGGUCGCGAAGGGGACUCGCUCCCUUUUGAAGCAAGAAGCCGCUCUCGCCUUCCCAGAGGCUGGAGUGGCGCUGAAGUCGGAGCGGAGAGCAGGGAACGGAUUGCAGCUGAGCUCCCCCCCGCCCCCCCCGCCGAUCCAGACCACGAGGAAGCACGAUCUCGCUUACCCGGGAAGCGAAGCGUCCGGAGGCGGUCGGGCAGGAGAGCAGCCACGGGAUGCUGCGACGUUGUUAACCCUGCUCAAAACAUCUGGACUCUCAGCAUCCUACUGAUCCUCCAGAAUGGACACCUAGAGCGCUCACAACUGCUCGCUUCACGCAGCACCUGGGGCUUUGAGCUUCCUGUACAGUCUCAUACUCCACAUAUACAACAUCUGUGUGAAGAAGACGAUAACUAACCCCCCCCCACACACACACAAAAAUGGCCGAACUCAGAGUGGACAUUGAAAACAGCUGCUUUCAAAAGAGAUGGGAGGCAGAGUAUCUGUUUGUUGAUAUUGAAGGUACGGCCGUGUGCCUUGUUUGCAGAGAUAUUAUGGCUGUAUUUGAAGAAUAUAAUAUGAGAUGGCACUAUGAGACCAAACAUCAUGACAGGUACAAAAACAUGAGCAUACAGCAAAAGAUAAAGACGGUGGAAGAGUUGAGAAAGAACCUGAUGUCGUUCAUAAAAGCAAAGACACAGCGUGAAGCUGCUGUGAAAGCUACUUUUAUAGUGGCAGAAGAGAUCGCUAAAGCGGCCUGGCCAUUUACAGAAGGCGAGUUUUUGAAGCGCUGCAUGGUUAAAGUGUGCGAAGUCUUGUGUCCCGACCAAAAGGGAGCAUUUUUGAACUUAAGCCUGAGCAGAAAUACUAUUGCUGGUCGGAUAGGUGAGCUUGCUACAGUUUUACAAGGACAAUUGGUUGAAAAGGGAAAAGAUUUCAUUGCGUAUUCCCUUGCUGUGGAUGAGAGCAGUGACAUCUCUGACGUGGCACAGCUGACAAUCUUCAUCCGUGGAGUGGACCCAAGUUUAUGCGUUACAGAGGAAUUUUUGGAUAUGAAAUCAAUGCAUGGCACUACCACAGGAAAAGACAUAUUUGAAGCAGUGUCUAAAUGUGUAAACGACAUGAAGCUGCCCUGGGACAAACUUACGGGACUGACAACAAAUGGGACACCUUCGAUGCGCGGGGAAGAGAGUGGAUUAGUGGGAAGGGUGCGAGAGAAGAUGAAGAGCGAGAAUUGCACAGGUGAGCUGACGGCAUAUCACUGCAUCAUACACCAGGAAACACUGUGCGGCAACAUUCUGAAGAUGGAACAUAUAAUGGGCACUGUAACACAGACAAUUAACUUUAUAAGAGCCAAUGGUUUAAAUCAUCAUCAAUUUAAGUCUUUCCUUGAGGAAAUGCAUUCUGAACUUGGUGAUCUGCCCUAUCACGCAGCGGCGCGGGGGAUAAGUCAAGAAAAAGUGCUCAGUAGGUUUUUUGAGUUGCGCCUGGACAUUUGUCAGUUUGUUGAAAGUAAAGGAAAAGACUCCACGGUACUGCGGGAUGAAAAGUGGCUGUGCGAAUUAGCCUUCCUGUGCGAUGUUACGAAACAUCUCGCGGCACUAAAGCUUCAGCUUCAGGGACGGGACUUUGCGAUCACGGACAUGUAUGAUGCAGUGAAAAGCUUUCAGGUAAAGCUGCAACUCUGGGAAGCUCAGAUGCAGCACGGAAACUUGAGUGACUUUCCCUGUUGCCAAACAAUCAUCAGCCAAGUCUCCACCGCUGUGUUCUCACAUGCUCAGUUUGCGGAUCAACUGAGCACGCUUCACAUGGAGUUUGCGCGCCGCUUUGUUGAGUUUGAAGCGCAGACAUUCGAUUUCGGACUGCUCAGUAAUCCAUUUUCAGUCGACGUGAAGGAGGCACCCGCAGACAUCCAGAUGGAGCUGAUGGAACUCCAGUGUAGCGACACACUUAAGGCAAAGUAUGAUUCUGUAGGGUCCGCGCAAUUCGCCAGGUUCAUCCCUGAAACGAUGCCCCAACUCCGCCUGCGAGCUGCUCGAAUGCUCUGCAUGUUUGGUAACACACACCUGUGUGAGAAAGUUUUCUCUGUGAUCAGGGCGAACAAAAGAGCCCACAGGAGUCUUCUCACUGAUGCACACCUCCGCUCUAUCCUGAGAGUUUCCACAGCUCAAAACCUAACGCUGAACAUGGAUGAACUUGUAGCCAGGAAAAGGUGCCAAACAUCCAGGUCAGAAAAAAAGGGCCAGCCGAUGAAGAUGGCCAGGGUACCCCCUGACCGUGGAGAAGCUCUAUCUGAUCUCUCUGCCACAACAUCUCAGGGCUCUGUAUCCUUUGAGGACGUGGUUGUGUAUUUCUCGGAGGAAGAGUGGGCUCUGCUGGAUUCCAGCCAAAGAGCCUUACACAGAGAAGUCAUGCUGGAGAACUCCAGGAAUCUGGCUGCUGUGGGUUACGGGCAGGAGCAUAAAGACUACCAGGGGCCCAGCUUAGCGCUAUUCGAGUCUGUAGAAAAGAUGUUUGGAAUUCAGGGGAUACUUCAAAAGAGAGCGAAAAGUUUCCUAAAGAAUCGAAGGAAGAAAUCUUCUCCCUCUGAUCGCAAUGAAGUCGUUGGCCUCCCAACUCCGCAACUUCAGCAACCAGUAGGAAGUGAAAAAUAUUUUGGUGGUGACAAGACAGAGAGCGCUAAAAUUGUUUUCAUUCAAUAUUGUACAAACCAGACUGAAGAGGAACAAUAUGAACGUCAAGAGUAUGGGCAAAAUAUCAAUCUUAGCUCCUCUCUUGUGUUACAUCACCCGUCAUAUAUCCAAGAGACACCAUAUGCACUUAUAAAUUGUGUAGAAAAAUUCACUUUAAACAGUCAUCUUAUGUCCGAUGGAGAGAAUAACCCAUAUGAGUGUGGAAAGGGUUUCAGCCAGAAACAGUUGCUUAUUUUACCCCCAGAAAAUCCCCCCAUGGAAAAACCAUACAAAUGUCCGGAGUGCGGAAAGACCUUUCCUCACAGAUGUAGGCUUACUGUCCAUGAAUGGAUUCACUCGGGGGAGAAGCCAUAUAUGUGCCAGGUCUGUGGGAAAAGAUUCAGGCAGACUGGUCACCUUUCGAGACAUCGACGGACCCACACUGGGGAGAAACCAUAUACGUGCCUUCACUGCGGAAGGAAGUUCAGUGAAAGUUCAGACCUUACCAAACAUGUAAGGAGCCACACAGGGGAGAGACCGUAUAAAUGUUUGGAGUGUGGAAAGAGUUUCAAAUGCAGCAGUCAUUUUAUUUGCCAUAAAAGGAGCCACACAGGGGAGAAACCAUUUGAAUGCUCAGAGUGUGGAAAGAGCUUUAGUCGACACAAUCACCUUUCACUACAUAAGACAAUCCACAGGGGAGAACAAUCAUAGCUUGGGAGCUUUCAUCCACAAGUGCUUUCUAAACACACCAGAAAUGCGUUGACUUUCCAGUAACAUUCAGUUCCAAAGGGUGUUUCAUCAGAUCAAAAUGAAUCCACAUUAGAGAACCAUCAAAAUGCCUGAAGUGUGGAAAUUGUUUAAAAUGUGUCACUGUCCUUAUUUCCCAUAGGAAAGCCUAUGACCAUGAACAAACCUUUGGUGCCAAUAUUGGUCAUUCCCUCCCACCCACCCACCCACCCCCAAGAAAAUGCAUAUAUGAGUUUGGAUGAACUUCAUGGAUGCGGACUGAAAAAGCUGAUCCAUGCAGGAAUGGUAGUACAUCAAGAAAUAGAACAAAGCAACUAUUUUAAGAGGACAUGUCUUCUUAAAUAACAUAAAAGUUCCAUUCAGGGACUGUAUAAAAGAGUGGAACAUGAAGAGGAUUGGUGGCUUUUUUGCUUAAUGUCUUCGCCAACAAAUUAUGAGUCCCUUUCCACAUUUUUAGCCAGUCUUGAAUUAUUUUUUUUUAAUCUAAUCAAGGACUUGUAUUGGAGGCUGACAAGGAUUUAUAUGGUUGCUGAGGUUUCAAGUUCCAUGAAAACAGACUGAGGCUGAUUGGUAUGUUUAAUCUUGCAAAGAAAGUAACCAAGAAGUUUAUAACAUCCCCGUAGAAGCAUUUGACGCGGUGUCCCAGAGGAGAAAGGAAAGGUUUGUCCUACCAUGCAGAAUAAACACAGCAGAAUUAGGUUUAAUGUUACACAAAUUAUGAUAGUGAUGAAACUAAGUGUUGUGGGUAGUAUUUGCUUAGCAACCCUUUGAAUUUCCAAUGGACUCUUCCCCCCAAAUAUAAUUAUUAACCAGUUCUGGACUUGGAAUGGCGGCACACACCAAUCAGAAUGAAACUGGGAGAGAGCUUGGAGGUCAGUCCAGUCUCAAGCAGGAGAUCCUAUACAAUUUCAGACAAGUGACUGUCCAGUCCCAUCUUGAAAAAUUCCAGUGAUGGAGCACCCACAACUUCUAAAGGCAAACUGAGCAAUUUGUCUGUGGGUGCAGGACAUUCGCCUAAAACAAAGACUGCUGGUUCGCUCUGAGGUGACCUUGCAAGCAGCCAUGGACGAAGCCAGAGCAGCAGAGAUGUCUGAUAGAUCCACUGCUGAGAUCCAGCAGAGCCAGCAGUUCUCCUCUCCAACCCCCAAAACCUUUCUAAUUGAUGACCUCAUUCCACUUGACAAAACCUUCGCAGAUGACGACCAAGUGGACCGCCUGAAGGCAUAACCAUCUAAGCGGCCAACUGCUCUGGCCAAAGCCUCUCCCGGCAACUGCCUGGGCUGUGGCGGAGCCCACCCCCCGCACGGCUUGCCCAUUCAUGUCUGCAGCCUGCCACCGCUGCAACAAAAAAGGACCCUUGGCCCAUGUCUGCAGGGCCAAUCUGCCCUCCGACUGGCCUUCACGCUCCGAGAGGACUGCUUCAACAUCGACUGCCCAGCUGUUUCCGUGAGCAGCAACUUGUCCCACGUGGAGGAUGGCCGGAAGAUACAUAUCUCCCUACACAUCAAAGGGGCCCUGUGCACCACAGAGGUGGACUCUGGUUCUUCAAAGUUCAUUCUUUCAUGGGACACUCUCACUCACCUGAUUCUGACCAUCACCAGAGCCCACCUGAAAGAACCAACCACAGUCUUGCGUGACUGUCAGGGACGCUCAAUCCCUACCUUAGGCUGCCUCUCUGUAUUGGUGGACUACGCCAAUUUCCAUAGUCACCUACCGGUGAUCGUGGUAACCAAACCCCUGCCUGCUCUCCUUGGGCUGGAUUGGUUCCCCUUCUCGGUCUCUCCCUAGUGGGCAUCCGUGCCAACUACCCUGCCGCUGCCUCCAUCGAAGAUGUCAUUCAGGAGUUUGCAGAUGUCUUUGAUGGCUCUUUGGGUAAAUACAGGGGAUCCCCUAUUAGUUUAAAUAUAGACCCACAAAUAGACCCCAUUUGCCUGAAGGCUCACAGGGUGCCGUUUGCCUUGAGACCGAAAGUUGAUGCGGAGCUGGAUAAGCUCCUGGCGCAAGGUAUCCUGGAGCCUGUCAACCAUUCUAAAUGGGAGACUCCUAUAGCCAUUCCCAUUAAGGCUGACGGGUCCAUCAGGAUUUGCACUGACUAUAAGUCAACCAUCAAUAAAGGUCUCCAGGACCCGCCAGCUAGAGCUCUCAACCCAGGUCGGGUGCCUACUCUGGGGAGACAGGGUGGUGGUUCCCCACACUUUGAGAACCCAGGUGCUAGACCGCGUUCACUUGGGCCAUCCCAGCAUAGAUCGCAUGAAGGCCCUCGCCUGCAGCUAUGUCUGGUGGCCCAAGAUGGAUGAUGUCGUCACGUCAUGGGUGGCUAAUUGCCACCCCUGCCAGGAGUCCUGGCCAGUGCCUCCUGCCACACCAGUCCACGAAUGGGAACUGCCCAGAGGACCUUGGUCCAAGGUCCACUUGGCUUACACAGAUCCAUUCCAUGGCUAGAACUUCCUGGUGGUAGUGGAUGCUUACUCUAAAUGGGUAGAACUACUACUUAUGCCAUCCACCAGCACCGAGGCCACUAUAAGAGGGUCGUGGCGCAUUUUCACCACCUACGGUUUGCCAGAUACCUUGGUAUCUGACAAUGGGCCCCAAUUUACAGCUGCAGGGUUCCAGGGGUUCCUAGCUGGCCUGGGGAUUCACCAUGCCCUCGUGGCUCCGUACCACCCCUCCGGGCCAUCCGCUCGGCCAAGGAAGCACUGAGGCGUAUGGGCCAGGGAGGGUGGCCUGACAAGGUGGCAGCCUACCUCUUUGGGCAACAUUCCAUUCCGUGCCCCACCACUAAUAAAAGCCCCGCGGAGCUGCUGAUGGGCCAGCGCCUGCAAACAAUCCUGGACAAGCUGUACCCCCAAUACAGUGACGUAUGGCCCAAAAGCCUAGGGACUCCCACACGCCAGUUCCUGGAGGAUGACCCUAUCUUUGCCAAGAACUUUGCAGGGGAACCUAGGCAGGUGCCAGCCAUUGUCACACACUUAAUGGGGCCCUGUCCCUAUAGGGUUGUCUUGCAAGACGGGCGAGAAUGGUGGCGCCACAUCGUCCAAUUGAGGCGCCGUCUUCCAACUGAGGCCUUCCCCCAGUCAGGCCUCUCCUAUAAAGACCUGCAGCCAGCCACCGCCUUCUAGCAGCUCACUGGGACUCCGCCUCAAUCCGCCUCGCUACCGCUGCAGGACUUACCUGAGGAGCCGGGCCUGCCUCCGUGGUUGGAACAGCGUGACUUCACCCGGAGCUCCUCCCCGCAGAUUAUGCAUGCGCAGCUACUGUGCAUGCACCCACUUGGCGGGGGGGGGGGAGAAGUGUAAAGUCCUUGACUUGCGACCGGCUGCAAUUCCUCGACUUACAACUGACAGCCCGGCAACCAAAGGCUCGUGCCUAUUGGUUAAGAUGUGCCUGUCUGGAAGCGAGCUUUUUACAAUGUUCCUAUUCGUUGCUCUGCUUGACCGCUCCAAUAUAAAUAGGAGUCAAGCAGAGCAAGGUGCUGAAGUUGUUACUGUUAGGGGUAUCUCCGUUGGGAGAUAGAAAGUAGUGCAGCGGAAUGUACAGCUAGAGAAAAAGAAUAUUGCUAGUAGAAACAUGAAUAGAGUUUCAGAUACUGCUAAUAGCUUUAGUACUGAUAAUUGCUUCACAAGCAGUGAUAGUAGAUAUUAGUCCAAACACAAUUCAAAGAACAAACAAUAGCUGACAGUCGCAGUUCUCAUUCCAGUUAUCAAGUCAUCUAGCAUAGCACAAGCAGAGAGAGUGAGCUCUUUUGACUCCUUCUUAUAGUAAAGUUAAUUACACCUGAUAAGUACAUCCACUCCUUUAAAGCAACAACCAUUUGUUGUUGUAUAAAGAUAUAUAUUGCCUACCCAACACUAGGAGUAUACUCCCAACAGUUACCUUGCUGUUUUCUAGUUGAUCUGUUCAAAUAAAGUGGUUGUCAGUACCUCAACGAGUCCGACGCCUCUUUCUCCGUCCAGAAUUCAAUACAUCCGUUGUUUCUUGUCUUUUGGUACGUUGGAAAAUAAGACAUGACUGCAUUUCAGGCCCUGGGUAACUGCCUCACCUUUACAGCUGGUUAUGUCAUUCUAUGUUCACAUGA